UCUGGCCGUUCGCCAACAACAGCAGCAGGGUCGGGAAAGCUGGUACGUCAGUCUGUAGUGAAUAGCGAAACGUUUCUGAUCGGCCGCCGAGCGCGUCGUGUUCCGCCUAGAGGUAGGCUGUAAAAGUCAUUCGCGACCUGCCCUAAAAAUUCCUUUGCCAGAAGGGGGACGCCGUGUGGGGGUGGACAUACUUGUGGCAUACAGCUUUUCGGGGGGUGUGUAAGUGUGAAAACUUUCCACCAGCAGUGUAAAGGUGGGAGGGCAAGGAUCUUUCCUGGCCGUUGUACAUUGUUUUAGUGUAGUGAAUUAUGUCAAAUUAUUGUCGUUGCUGGUAGGCCUUGUGCCGCAGUUCAUGGUUGCACGAAACAUAGCUUACGAAGAGAGCGCUCUGUUACAAUGGAUAUAAUGCGGAUUACUUCGUGCUGGAUACAGUCGCAAGGAUACGGAUAGCAAUCGAUUAAGAAGUUCGAAGCCCAAAGAAGAAAUGAUUUCUGGCUGCUAGGCGACAGUGGAUUUACAGUUUGCCACGGAUAUUGAUUUACGAAUGUCUCCUUGGAGGAAAAAUAGCUUUGCGUGAGGAUACACAGAAAAAGGAUACACGUUCGUGUCCGAUAUGAGACCACCUCUAGGAUGGUGAUACACAGUGAAACCGUACUGGAUAGAGAAAAGAAAAUAUAAAAAGCAACAUGAAAAAGGUUGAAAUGUUGUUGAGCAUAUCGAGAGUGGACGAUGCUCCAGGUGGAAAGAGAGAUAGUGGAAGCAUAACGAAGUGGUGUGUCGAGGAAUCUUACAGUGAUUAGUGAGAGUGAAUGAUAGAUUAAUUGCUGGAUGAGUGGUAAUCAAGCGCCAAUCAUAAAAUUACUGGUAUCUGAUGAAGUCAUUCCAUUUAGUGUCUCGUUGUAAGUGAUGAAAGCUAAAAACAAAGAAAAAUACUACUCGGGUUGGAUGUGUUUUUGUGGUACGACCUAGCGAAAUCGAUGUAAGUGUGGGAUAAAAAGAAAUCCUAGGAAAAAUGAGAAUGUCACGAUUCGCCAGUGGAUGUGUUAAUAAUGCAGUAGUGGUCCAGUGCCAGAAAUAACGAGAAGCAGAGAAAAAGUAAUUCCAUAAAGAGAAGAACGAAUGAUUCUUCCAAGUGUGAAAAUGCCGUCAAUAAUCGAGUAGCGUGACCAGCAUAACCAUGUUGAUAUCGUUGGUGAUAAUAAUUCCACUCUUCGCCCCAACCAUAUCCGGUGGCGGCGGGGGAGGUAAUAGUGAUGAAAAUGAUUCCAUAAAGAAGACGACUUCGCGCGUUGUGCAUAUUAAAUAUGGUUCGUUGUCCGGUACAAUCGAACAUUUGGAAGGCCGACAUCUGGACCCGGUGGAGGCAUUCCGAGGGAUUCCCUAUGCGUCGCCACCGGUGGGCACCCUUCGCUUUAUGCCACCGGUAACAGGUGCCCUCUGGUCCGGUGUGAAAAAAGCAGACAGAUUCAGUCCCGUCUGCCCACAACGUCUUCCAGACAUUGCCAACGAAACUGCGGCGCUGGAGCGGAUGCCUCGUGGUAGAUUAGAAUAUUUAAAACGACUCUUACCAUACCUGAAAAACCAAUCCGAAGAUUGCUUGUACUUGAACAUCUACGUCCCAACCCAAGCUGGUUCACGGGAAAGUUCCGGCAGUCAAAAGUAUCCCGUCAUGGUGUUCGUCCACGGGGAAUCGUACGAGUGGAACAGUGGAAACCCGUACGAUGGAUCCGUACUUGCCAGUUUCGGGCAAAUUUUAGUAGUUACAAUCAAUUAUCGAUUAGGAAUAUUAGGGUUUUUAAAUGCCAAUAUUGACCGGUUCUCGAAAGCGCCGGCCAAUUACGGUCUGAUGGACAUCAUUGCGGCACUCCAUUGGAUCCAGGAAAACAUCGAAGGCUUCGGGGGCGACCCUCGGAGCGUAACGUUGGCCGGCCAUGGAACCGGUGCCGCGUGUGUUCAUUUUCUCAUAGCCUCGGCUGCCGUACCGGAAGGUCUUCUAUUUCAUCGGGCAAUGCUGAUGUCAGGAUCAGCUCUGGCCCCGUGGUCACUGGUCGGUGAGCCGGCCAAGUUCGCUGCGUACGUUUCGCACCACGUAAACUGCUCCCCUGACCUACCUCAUCAGAUGCUGCUCAAGUGCUUGCGAGACAGGCCGCUCGGUGAUAUCAUGUCAACGCCGGUCCGUGCUCCGGACUUUGGAAACGCCUUCGGCCCCAGUGUCGACGGGGUCGUCAUCGAUACUGGGGAAAUACAGCAAAUGGAUGGAUCGCAUUACAGCGAUUAUAGCGUGCCAUCGGCGGCCAAACCUUCAGCUCAUCUGCACAAUACGCUCAACACGAUAAACGCAAUUCUUCUGCGUAAAUUAGCUAUUAACAAAUUGUCCAAAUAUGACAUGUUGGUCGGAGUUACUAGGGCGGAAGCCUAUUUUGUCUUCAACUCGGAAGACGUUCAGUAUGGCAUUGAAGCCGACCGUAGGUCUAAGAUAUUGAAAAACUACGUCCGAAGUACCUACAGUUAUCAUCUGAAUGAAAUACUGGCAACGAUAGUGAACGAGUACACAGACUGGGAGCGUCCCAUUCAACAUCCUAUUAAUAUACGGGAUGAAACGCUGGAGGCCUUGAGUGACGCUCGCAUUGUGGCACCGGCGGUGCAAACCGUCGAUUUACAUUCGGCUGACCACAGGAACUCGUUCCUGUACGUUUUCGAUUACCAAACGAAAUUCGGAGAUUUUCCCCAGCGACAAGGCUGCAUCCAUGGAGAGGAUCUGCCGUAUCUGUUCGGGGCACCGCUGGUCGGGGGUUUCAACCACUUCACCAGAAACUACACGAAAUCCGAGCUAGCGCUGUCGGAAGCGGUCAUGAUCUACUGGUCCAACUUUAUCCGCACCGGGAACCCGAACGAACAACUUGAGAACGACCAUGUCCGAGAUAGGCAGAGAUUCAAAAACAUCGAAUGGACACCGUACGAGAGCGUUCACAAAAAAUAUCUGAAUCUGGAUACCAAACCGAAGCUGAAAAACCACUACCGAGCGCAUCGGUUGUCAUUCUGGUUGAACCUGGUACCGGAUUUGCAUAAGCCCGGCGGUGACGAUGUGCCGAAUUCACACCACGAGCUCGAAGAUGAUGAAGAGGAGAGCGUUCUGGUGCCGACAGUAAAGCCGCUAAAUCCUCCCCUGCGGGAUCCCUCGAAUGCCAAUUCGAAUUAUUCCUUUUUUACCACACAAGUGUUUUCGCUGUUGAACCUAUCCACUUACGGAAACAACAACAGCAGCAACCGCCAUAACGCUCAUAAGCCAGUUCCGGUGACGGCGGAAUCCUCCGAAGGGUCUGAUGACGAUGGCGGUGGCUCAUCCCAGGAGGACGGUUUUGCUGCCUACAGCACUGCCCUGAGCGUGACGAUAGCAAUCGGAUGUAGUUUACUGAUACUGAACGUGCUGAUUUUUGCCGGCGUUUACUACCAGCGUGACAAAACGAGGUUAAACGAACCGCGAAACAAUAGUAAGAAGCGUAACGAAAACGGUCAGAUGCCGAACAACAUCUGUGGGGAGCUGGAAAGCCUUACCAUCCACACAAAGAGCGAUCCGUCAACUAUAUUGGGCCAUCACCAUGCCUUACAGCAUCACCAGAUGCCUCCCCCGGAGUUCGCAGAUUUGCCACAGCGGGCGCCCCCUCCACCCAAACACAUAAAAUCGGUCCCAGACGGAACGAUUCUGUCACAACAUGCGCUCCAGCUAAUUGGUAGCAAUUGUGGCACGCUGACGAAGAAGAGUUGUGUCAAGUCUAACCUUGCCACCUCCAAUCAAGCCCAGAACGCGAUGGAUGAGCUGCGGGUGUGACGUUAAGUAUCCUUUUCCAUCGAGGAGCAAUCUCGAUGCGAGCACCAGCACCUGCACCAUCAUCAUCAUCAUCACCAUCAUCACAGCCAUCAGCACCAUCAACAGCAGCAGCAGCAGCAGUCGACGAAAUCCCCGAGCCCCACUUCCGAACAACAAGAACAACAGCUUUAGUAGCGAGUGUGGAAGUUAAAGUGAAACGACAACUACAUAAAUCUCACUUCCUUUAUUUUCAGAAGGCUGUUCAGUUUACGAUAAGAGGUCUUCCAUCGACUCUCCUCCAGCGCUGCAGCCGGUGGUCUGUGCACGUCACUGAUCGCCCCCAACCCGGCAGCAAAAUUCGCCCAUAAUGACCGGGAAGACUACACAAUAACGGAUCGGUAUCCUUCGAAGCCACCAUUGCCGCCGGUGCCAUUGCCGUGUUCCGAUAUCGGUUCGGCUCCGUGUUUUCUCCGGUGUCGCGUCGUCGGUCGGGCGGUUGAAGGGUUCUCCAUUGUUGUCGGGGGAGAAUGAUUGAUGAUGGCAUGUUUUCGGCAGAAGUAUUAUGUACCGUUAUUGUUUGAAUAUAGGACCAACAGACGUCAUAAAUUUUUAGGAAGGAUAAUAAUAAGAAACAGCUCCUGUAUAUAAUGAACUUCUUCUUACGAUGUAAGCGAUGAAAAAAUGAGAGGAAGAAUGAUAAGAGGGAAAUAUGUUAUUCGAUGAUGUGGUGUAAGUGAAAACAUUUCAACUGUUAUGUUAUCGGACGAAGGUUUAGCGGCGAGGAAACGAGAUUUAGCAAAAAACAUUUUCUGUGAUGACAAUGACGAGAGAGGGUUGAGUGCAGAAAACCCUCAAAGCGGAUCGAGUUGAGACUCAAUUUUACAACCGAUUUUUUUAACAUCCAAUGUUCCAAGAUUAUGUUUUGAAAGUAUUGCAUGAAUAAUUUAAUCCGAAUGGGCUUUCUAGAUAUAGAACGCUGAAGAAACUCGUAUCGUACAAAUUAGGAUUUUUGAUUAGGGUUAAAAAAACCGUCAAAAGUUUUCCCUUCGGUUGAAUGAUGCAGCGCUCAUGCAAAAAAUGGUAGAGAAUUUUUAAUCGUGUUAUGCACAAUAAAACCUAUCAAUCAAGAUUAAGUUUAGUAGGAAAGAAAGAGAACACUGGGCAAGCGAGAGUUUGUUGAAUUAUUAUUUACCACAGAUUUUAUAGCAUUUCUUAAGACUGAAACUUUAACGUGGAAAUGGAUAUUUUAAUUAAAAGCAACAAAAGGUGUAGUUUAAUAUAGUGCUGACGAAAAAGUGCAAGAAAACUUCAUUAGAAUAAUGAGAGAAAACGAACUCUAGAGAAAAUGAAGAAACUUGCGUUCUUCAUUUGGAUGGAAGAAUCCUCUAUCCCUUUUUAACUAUAAGUAGCUACUAAUAAAAGAAGAGCGAAGAAAAACUUCUCUCCAAACUUAUUUUUCCGAUUUCUACUGGAAUGCAACUCUAGGCAACAGAGAAGGGAAAAGAAAUGUUCGUGUAGCUGAAAAAAUUUCUGCAGGCGAAGUUGAAUUGAUUAAAUCCACUGAAGAUUCCAGAAGUAAAAAAAAAUUAAGCCGAGGAAAUCCAGCACAGCCCAACAGAAUUAUAACACAAGAAACAGUUUCCACAACCGGAGAAUAUUGAAAUCAAAACCCGUAUUUGUACAUAGCACAGUCCCUCUAACGAGCUAAUUGAAACUAUUAAAAGGCAAGACACAAAUACACACAAACACACUGAGAAGGAAAUUGAAAAAGUUUAAAACACAGAAAUCUUCUAGCAUGUACGGAACUCACACAAAACACAAAUUGAAGGAAAGUUAUUUAAAAAAGAAAUAAAGUGGAAAAUGAGAAAAAUA